ACCGAUCAAUAACUGAAACAAGCUUCAGUAUAUUUGUGCCUAAAUACAGUUAUUUGGUUUUUAGUGGUAGUUUCAAACCUUGUGACAUUGUUUACAUAGUUUUAUCAGCACUUACAAGUACCAGUGGAUGUUUAGUCAUGGCUAAUAUACAUGGAAUGGUGCAGCGAAUGGAGACCAGACGUCGUCAGCAAGUGGAGGCGGCAGAGAGGCGCGCUGCUCAGGAGGCCUCCCGAGGAGUGAAAGACCCAAGCAAGAUAUCCCGCCUUCAAAAGCGGAGUGAGGAAAUGGAAAAACGGGAACAGGAACUGACCAAACAGGGUGGAACUGCUUUGAAGUGGACGGCAGACUGAGAUCAGGGUCCAAGUGGGAGCAGUGACACCGGUCAGGCUGCACCCAUAGACAAGGAUGAAAAAUACAAAUACAAGAACUGACCGCUAUAUGCACUGCCACAAAAUAAUAUCACACAAUAUGAUAAUUAAAUAGAAAGAAAAA